UCAAGUGACAGUCAGAGUAUUAAAAAGGCCAUCUGUUCAGUAGAGUCACCAACGAGCGGUAACGAUGGAUAGGCCUACCGAAACACCAGGCAAUUCUCAAGUUCCUGGAGAUCAUGGAGGCGAUUUGGAUAGCAUCGGGACACACGGAAACGUGCCGGAUGGAGAAGGUUGUUCAAACGGUGGAUUUCAGGAAUGUGUGAUAGACUUAGGGGAUGGACAGAAGACGGAAGCUGAGGGUAGGACGAAUCAUACGAAACGCCGUUACUUAAAGGAACCUCCGCCGCUGAACCAUUCCAAAAGCGAGGCCAACAUGGUUCGUUCCCUUGAGAAGCAGCUGUCGGAGACAGUGGGCCUCGACACAGAGAUUGACUACAAGACAUUCAAGAGGAGCCUUCAAGUUAGAGAUUCGUUCUUCGCCAGACGGUUCUUCAAGCUGUUCGACACAGACAAGAGCGACACUGUAGAUGUCGCAGAAAUGUUGUCUGCCAUAAAACGUCUCAGACAUGGGACGUCUACAGAAAAACUCAAAUUCCUGUUUGACGUUUACGAUGAGAGCGGUGACGGUUAUAUCGACAUCGAGGAACUACGGACUGCGUUGCGGUCGUGCAUGGUGGAGAGCUCGGUGAAGCUGGGGGAGGAGGAACUGGACAUGCUGACUCAGGCAUUAUUUGAGGACGCAGAUGAAGACAACAGCGGAGAAAUUUCUUUUGAAGAACUUGAAUCUGUCAUGGAUAAGAAUCCCGGAGUCAAGGAAAACCUGUGUCUGAGUGUGGAACAAUGGUUGCUGCCUCCACCACCGAAAAAGAAAACAGCAUGGUAUCGGCACUACUUCUCGAAGGCGUACUUCCUCAACAACCUCCGGAAGAUAGCUUUCUUUGCCACCCUGAUCCUCCUCAACUGCAUCCUGUUUGCUGUGGGCUGCUGGAACUAUCGCAUAUCCAACUGGUGCAUCAUAGUAGCCAGAGGAUGCGGCCUCUGUCUCAACUUCGACUGCACCUUCAUCGUUGUCCUCAUGCUGCGGAAGUGCAUUACCUGGCUGCGUGCGACGCCUGCUGGAAACUUACUUCCACUGGACCAGAAUAUUUUGUUCCAUAAGCUGACAGGCAUCUUGAUAAUGUUUUUCACUAUUGUGCAUACAGCUAUGCACAUUGGAAAUGCAAUCAUGGUAGCCGAGAGUCAGUUCAACCUCACCGUGCCUGCCUUCAUUUUCACCACCGAGGCCAACAUCGGCUGGGUGGCCGGCUUCGCUCCCCUCUCUGGCGUUCUGCUCGUCGUCGUCUUCGUCGUCAUGUUCAUCUGCUCCAUGCCCUUCGUCAGGAGGAGUGGAUAUUUCCAGGUGUUCUACUGGACUCAUAUGCUGUACGUGGUCUUCUGGAUCUUGUUGAUUCUUCACGGGAGGCAUUUCUGGAAGUGGUUCCUGGUUCCCGGAGUUGUAUUUUUAAUAGAGAAAAUGUCGAGGUCUAAACUGAUUGAGAGAAUGACGUACGGGAACACCUUCAUAACAGAAGUCAACCUUCUUCCCUCCCAGGUGACCCAUCUUGUGAUAACGAAACCUACCAGCAUGAAGUACCGUCCAGGUGACUAUCUCUUCCUGCAGAUUCCAGACAUCGCUAAGCAUGAGUGGCAUCCCUUCACCAUCAGCAGUGCCCCGGAACUAGAUGACAGGUUAUGGGUGCACGUGAGAUCGGCCGGACACUGGACCAACAGACUGUACGAAUACUUCAGCACCUACGAUGAGGAAAAACACAUGAAGCAAGACGAGGAGACCCGCGGACACGUGAACGCUGGGUUUCAGGCUCCAGUUCAUCUCUUGAGUAUUAAACGGAAAGGUGAAGCUGCAGCUGAUGCAACGAACUCCGUCGCAGCUGACAAGAGCAGGCUGAAGUCCCGACGGCCGACACAAGUCCGAGGAGGGAAGAAACAAAAGCAGGUUCACGUGCGGUGUUUCAUCGACGGGCCCUAUGGUACAUCGUCCAGGGAAUUAUUUGAGACGGAGCAUGCUGUUCUGAUUGGUUCCGGUAUCGGCGUGACACCCUACGCCUCCAUCCUACAGAGCAUCAUGUACAGGUUCAAGGCCUACAAGAGAUGCUGCCCUAGAUGUAGCCACUCCUGGUAUGAUGAAGUGCCACAUCACGUCAUGAACCUCAAGAAGGUCGACUUCAUCUGGAUCAACCGUGACCAGAAAUCCUUCGAGUGGUUCGUCAGCCUCCUCACUCAGUUAGAAAUGGAACAGACUAUGGAAGGCGGGCUGGGCAACUUCAUCGAGAUGCACAUGUACAUGACUGCAGCACUUAACAAGACGGACCUGAAAGGAAUCGGUUUACAGAUGGCCCUGGACCUCAUCCAUAAGAAACAAGACAAGGACCUGCUGACGGGACUGAAGACCCGCACACAGCCAGGGAGGCCAGACUUCCGAAAGCUGUUUGGCAAGAUUGCUGCCGAGAAGAAUGGGCAAGUGAACGUGUUCUUCUGUGGAAACCCAACACUGGCUAAAGCAAUCAAACAGCAUUGUGUAUCUUUCGGGUUUGGCUUUUCAAAGGAAAAUUUCUAGAUAGACAAACCGGCACAGUCGAAGAAGACACGGCUCUCAUUUCAACGACAUCGCGGCGACACAGGCAGAUGGGCAAGAAAAAGAAUUCCGUUCGUUUUCUGUGUUAUUGAAAAGUGAAAGAACUAUUGUUUAGUUUAAUUUUUUAAUUGAUUAUUUAAAAGUCACUGAUUCCUGUAACCGUUUGUAAAAUGUUGUCUGUGGCU